UCCUACUAACAGUAGAUUUUUUUGUAGUGAACAUUUUUUUUGUAUUUUUAUUUAUGCCUCAUAAAAAUAUAACAAUGCUCAGUUGUAUACCUUGAAUCUUCAGUUAGAAGAGAAUAAUAAAGUGAAUUCAGGGGCAAAAUAAAUAAAUAGAUAAAUAAAUAAGACCUUAUAAAUGAAUUCUACUACACAGAUUCAGGACUAUGUUUGCAUUUGUGUUUAUGACCAAAAUGGUUUUGCAUGAUCCUCCAAAUUAUGGUAUUGAUACUUUGAUAUGUUGGUAGGCAUGUCUGGCUGCUGUUAAUUUGCAAUGCCCUGUAUUAGAAUAACAUGUGUUUUACUGGAGAGAAGAAAGGAAAGGGAGUUGUUUAAUGGGYAGGGAGUUUCAGUUUUGCAUCGUGAAAACUUUUGGGGAUUGGAUAAAUUACAGUAUAAUACAUUUAACACUGCUGAACUAUAUACUUAGAAAUGGUUAAUAUUUUAUUUUAUGUUAUAUAUUUUUACCACAAAAUUGCCUAAAUAUUACUACACAAAUAAAUAUCCGGUAAUUAUGAAAAAUAAAACCCAGAAAACAUAGACAAGUAAAACAGAAAAUUAAAAAUCACCCGCAAUCCAACCAGUGAAGGUGAAAUUUUUGUUGCAUAAACACAUGAUUACAUAUUUUUUCACACUGGGUAUGCUAUUUUAUAAACUGAUUUAAAAAAUAGUUUAUUCUAUUUUUAAUCAUGUUUUAGGUUCUAUGUUCUUCAUAAAAAAUACAGAGGAGUACAUAUUUCACAUGUCUAUAAACUCUGAGAACUUCAAACAGAAGUAAAGCUGCACUUUUAGGGAUGUGUGUCCUUCUAUUGAUGCUGCCCCUUGUGGGCCAUGUGUGUCCUCAGGAGAGUGAGAAUAGAUUGUACUCUUGAUAUGCUGGCUGGCUCUGCUGGAAUCUUGCUGUGGUUUAUUUUGUAUAUGGCCAGGAUACAGAGGCCCUCUGGCAACUUUGAGAACUGGUGAGUCUAUCUGUCACAUGUCUAUCUACUGGAAUGAGGUAAGCAUGCAUCCAGGCAGGGUUAACUAUUAAGUUGUUGGGAUGAAAGGUCAGGAUACCUGCCUUUAUUUGGAAGAUCGGGACAUCAGAAUGGGAAAUAACACAUUGCCACUUCUCAUCUGCCUUCUCWGAGGAAAACAAGAAACAAGAAGAGUCAGUGAGAAGUUUUCACUCCAGAAGUACUCCAGGGAUCAUGGUGGAAAACUUCUGCAACUCUACUUUUUGGAAUUCCUCAUUCCUGGAAAGACCGGAGGCAGACCUGCCACUAUGUUUUGAACAAACUGUUCUGGUGUGGAUUCCUUUGGGUUUCCUUUGGCUCCUGGCCCCAUGGCAACUUCUCCAUGUAUAUAAAUCUAGGACCAAGAGAUCUCCUAUAACCAAAUUCUACCUUGCUAAGCAGGUGCUUGUUGGGUUUCUUCUCAUUUUAGCAGCCAUAGAGUUGGCCCUUGUACUCACAGAAGACUCUGGAGAAGCCACAAUCCCUCCUGUUAGAUAUACCAAUCCAAUCCUCUACCUGUGCACAUGGCUCCUGGUUUUGCUGAUCCAAGACAGCAGGCAAUGGUGUAUACAGAAGAACUCUUGGUUCCUGUCCCUAUUCUGGAUUCUCUCAAUACUCUGUGGCACUUUCCAAUUUCAGACUCUGAUUCGGGCACUCCUGCAGGAUAGCAAUUCCAAUCUGGCCUAUUCCUGCCUGUUCAUCAUCUCAUAUGGAUUCCAGAUCUUGAUCCUGAUCCUUUAUACAUUUUCAGAAAAAAGUGACUCAUCAAAUAAUCCAUCAUCCACGGCUUCAUUUCUGAGUAGCAUUACCUUUAGUUGGUAUGACAGCAUAGUUCUGAAAGGUUACAAGCAACCUUUGACACUUGAAGAUGUCUGGGAUAUUGAUGAAGGACUUAAAGUCAAGACAGUAGAGAACAGAUUUGAAAUAUUCAUGGCAAAGGAGCUGCAGAAAGCCAGGCGGGCCUUCCAGAAACGGCAGCAGAAGAAAUCCCAGCGGAACUCUGGAGCCACAUUGCAUGACUUGAACAAGAACCAGAGUCAAAGCCAAGAUGUCCUUGUCCUGGAAGAAACUAAAAAGAAAAAGAAGAAGAAGUCUGGGCCCACAGAAGACUUUCCCAAGUCCUGGUUAAUUAAAACCCUCUUCAAGACUUUCUGGAUCAUGCUCCUGAAAUCAUUCUUCCUGAAGCUAGUACAUGAUAUCUUCAUGUUUCUAAAUCCUCAGCUGCUGAAAUUGCUGAUUUCCUUUGUAAGUGACCGUGACAUGUAUGCAUGGACCGGAUAUGUCUAUGCCAUCCUCUUGUUUGCUGUGUCUCUCAUCCAGUCUCUCUGCCUUCAGUCUUAUUUUCAAUUGUGCUUCAUAGUGGGGAUGAGUGUACGGACAACGGUCAUAGCYUCUGUGUAUAAGAAGGCACUGACCUUAUCCAACUUGGCCAGAAAGAAGUACUCCAUUGGUGAGACAGUGAACCUGAUGUCUGUGGAUGCCCAGAAGCUCAUGGAUGUGUUCAACUACCUGCACUUGCUGUGGUCAACUUUUCUACAGAUUGUCUUAUCCAUCUUCUUCUUAUGGAGUGAAUUGGGACCCUCAGUCUUAGCAGGUGUUGGGGUGAUGGUUCUCCUUAUCCCACUUAAUGGAUUUUUGGCCACCAAGAAUAGGAGUAUUCAGUUCCAAAAUAUGAAAAAUAAAGACAGACGUUUGAAAAUCAUGAAUGAGAUUCUCAGCGGAAUCAAGAUCCUGAAAUAUUUUGCCUGGGAACCUUCAUUCAAAGACCAAGUAAACAACCUUCGGAAGAAAGAGCUCAAGAACCUGCUGUUCUUUGGUCAGCUGCAGUCUAUAAUGAUACUUAUCUUACAAGUAACUCCUGUCUUGGUAUCUGUGAUCACGUUUGCUGUUUAUGUUCUGGUGGAUAGCAACAAUAUUUUGGAUGCAGAAAAGGCCUUCACCUCCAUCACCCUCUUCAAUAUCCUGCGCUUUCCCCUGGGCAUGCUUCCCAUGGUGAUCUCCUCUGUGCUCCAGGCCUCCGUUUCUGUAGGGCGGCUAGAGAAGUACUUGGGAGGGGAUGACUUGGACACAUCUGCCAUUCGACAUGUCCGCAAUUUUGACAAAGCUGUGCAAUUUUCGGAGGCCUCCUUUACAUGGGAUCCGGAUACAGAAACCACAAUCCAAGAUGUGAACCUGGACAUUAUGGAAGGCCAGUUGGUGGCUGUGGUGGGCACUGUAGGCUCUGGGAAAUCUUCCUUGAUGUCAGCCAUGCUGGGAGAAAUGGAGAAUGUCCAUGGGCACAUCACCAUCAAGGGCACCACAGCCUAUGUCCCUCAGCAGUCCUGGAUUCAGAAUGGCACCAUAAAGGACAACAUCCUUUUUGGGUCAGAGUUCAAUGAAAAGAAGUACAAGCAAGUUCUGGAGGCCUGUGCUCUCCUCCCAGACUUGGAAAUUUUGCCUGGAGGAGACCUAGCUGAGAUCGGAGAGAAGGGUAUAAAUCUCAGUGGUGGUCAGAAGCAGAGAAUUAGCCUGGCCAGAGCUACUUACCAAAAUGCAGACAUCUAUAUUCUAGAUGACCCCCUGUCAGCUGUGGAUGCGCAUGUAGGAAAUCACAUUUUCGAAAAGGUCUUGGGCCCCAGUGGCCUGUUGAAUGGCAAGACUCGACUCUUAGUUACACAUAGCAUUCACUUUCUUCCCCAAGUGGAUCAGAUUGUGGUUGUGGGAAAUGGCACCAUCUUGGAGAAAGGAUCCUAUAGUGACCUGCUGGCCAAGAAAGGAGUGUUUGCUAAGAAUCUGAAGACUUUUGUAAAAUAUUCGGGUCCUGAAGGGGAGGUCACAGUCAAUGAUGAUAGUGAAGAAGAAAAUGACGACAGUGGGCUGAUAGCUGGUGUGGAGGAACUCCCCGAGGAAGCUGCCUCCUUGACCAUGAAAAGAGAGAAUAGCCUCCGUCGAACACUGAGCCGCAGCUCCAGGUCCAGUGGCCGGAACCAGAAAACCCUGAAAAACUCGUUGAAAACUCGGAAUGGGAGUGCCCUGAAGGGGAAGGAAGGAGUAGUACAAGGGCAAAAGCUAAUUAAGAAGGAAUUCAUGGAAACUGGAAAGGUGAAGUUCUCUGUCUACCUGAAGUACUUACAAGCAGUAGGAUGGUGUUCAAUAUUCUGCAUCAUCUUUGUCUUCUUAUUGAAUUCUGCGGCUUUUAUUGGAUCCAAUUUCUGGCUCAGUUCUUGGACUGGUGACUCUCAAGCCUUCAAUGGCACUAACUAUCCAACCUCUCAGAGGGACAUGAGAAUUGGGGUCUAUGCAGCUCUGGGAAUAGCACAAGGUAUAUCUAUGUUUAUAGGAACUUUCUUGAGUGUGUAUGGUUGCAACAAUGCAGCAAAAAUCUUGCAUGAACAACUGUUGAACAAUAUCCUUCGAGCACCCAUGAGUUUUUUUGACACAACACCUACAGGCCGGAUUGUGAACAGGUUUACUGGUGAUAUUUCCACGGUGGAUGACACUCUCCCUCAGUCCUUGCGCAGCUGGAUUGUGUGCUUCCUGUCAAUAAUCAGCAUCAUCGUCAUGAUCUGCAUAGCCACCCCUAUCUUCGUCGUCAUCGUCAUUCCUCUUGGCAUUAUUUAUGUGUCUAUUCAGGCAUUUUAUGUGGCUACCUCCCGCCAGCUGAGACGUCUGGACUCUGUCACCAGGUCCCCCAUCUAUUCUCAUUUCAGUGAAACCGUAUUAGGUUUGCCUGUUAUCCGUGCAUUUGAGCACCAGAAGCGAUUUAAAAAACAAAAUGAGGCCGGGAUCGACACCAAUCAAAAAUGUGUCUUUUCUUGGAUUACAUCCAACAGGUGGCUUGCAAUUCGCCUGGAGCUGACUGGGAACCUGAUUAUCUUCUUUUCAGCCUUGCUGCUGGUUAUUUAUAAAGACACCCUGAAUGGGGACACUGUGGGCUUAGUUCUGUCCAAUGCCCUCAAUAUCACACAAACCCUGAACUGGCUAGUGAGGAUGACAUCAGAAACKGAGACCAACAUUGUGGCUGUAGAGCGGAUAGAUGAGUACAUCAACGUGGAAAACGAGGCACCUUGGGUGACUGAUAAGAGGCCUCCAGCAGAUUGGCCCAACAAAGGGGAGAUCCGGUUUAGCAACUACCAAGUACGGUACCGGCCAGAGCUGAAUCUGGUACUGAAAGGGAUCACUUGUGACAUCAAGAGCACCGAGAAAGUUGGUGUGGUGGGCAGGACAGGAGCUGGGAAGUCAUCCCUCACAAACUGCCUCUUUAGAAUCUUAGAGUCUGCAGGUGGCCAGAUAACCAUUGACGGAAUAGAUAUUGCUUCCAUUGGGCUCCACGACCUUAGAGGAAAACUGACCAUCAUCCCCCAGGAUCCCAUCUUGUUCUCUGGAAGUCUGAGGAUGAAUCUGGACCCUUUCAACAAAUACUCAGAUGAGGAGAUUUGGAAGGCCCUGGAGUUGGCUCACCUCAAACCCUUUGUGGUUGGCUUGCCACUUGGGUUGUCCCAUGAAGUGACAGAGGCUGGUGACAACCUGAGUGUGGGACAGAGGCAGCUAGUGUGCCUGGGCAGGGCUCUGCUUCAGAAAUCCAAGAUUCUGAUCCUGGAUGAGGCUACCGCUGCGGUGGAUCUAGAGACAGAUCAGCUCAUUCAGACAACCAUCCGAAAUGAGUUCUCCCAAUGCACAGUCAUCACCAUUGCCCACCGGCUGCAUACCAUCAUGGACAGCGACAAGAUAAUGGUCCUAGAUGAUGGGAAGAUUGUGGAGUAUGGCAGUCCGGAAGAACUGCUGGAAAACUACGGCCCCUUUUAUUCUAUGGCUAAAGAAGCUGGCAUUGAGAAUGUGAACAGCACAGAAUUUUAGCAGCAGAUUCCAUGGGUAAAGAAGGACUGUAAGGAGAAUUCCUUAUUUACAUUUUUUUGUGUGUGUGAAAUAUGUCAUAUGCAAAACUGUGUAUAAAAUAUAUUUUUUGUUGUCGUUAUUGGGUUUCAUUAUGUUGCCCAGGCUGGCCUGAACUCUUAGACUCAAGCAAUCCCCCUGUCUCAGACUCCUGAGUAAAAAUGUAUAUUUUAAAGAAGAAUGAUAAGUGAACACCUUUGUAACUACUACCCAGAUUAAGAAAAUGAAUUACCAAGUACUUUAGAGACCCCUCAGUUUCCCUGCCUUCAUCAUAAUUCCUUGCUCCCAUCCCUCCCAGUCAACCACUGGCCUGAACUUCAUAAUAAUUAUUCCUUGCCUUUCAUUUUAUCAAGUUUGUAUGCAUCUUUAAACAAUGUUUACCUUUUUAUCUUAUAUAAAUGGACUCAUAUUUCAUGUAUUCUCAUAUGACUUCUUUUUUUCAAUAAUAUAUUUGCAGUUUUUUCAUGUUGAUGACAACAGGUUCAUUCAUUUGCACUGCUCUUUUGUAGCACAGCAUUGUGUGAACACACCAUCUUUAUUCAUUUUAAUAUGAGUAAGCAUUAGAGUUAUUUCCAGUUUAUUUUCUUUCUCUUACGAAUAACACUGCUAUGAACAUUCUGGUCCACAUCUGGAUUACAUGCAUCAGAAUUUCUCUAGGGCAAAAUCCAGAAAUGGAAGCUAUGCACAUGUUUCCAUGCACAUAUGAGGUAUUGCCAAACUGGGAAUGUCAAUCUAAAACUUUUUUGGUCAAUCUGACAAGUAUGAAUUGGUAUUUCAUCAAGGAUUUAAUUUGCAUUUCCCUUGUUACUCUUGAGGUUGGAUAUCUUUUCACUUGUUUCUGGGGCAUUGAAUUUCUUCCUAUAUAGUUUUUUAAAAUGCUGUGCCAUGGGGCUGGGAUUGUGGCUCAGUGGUAGA